UGGUUGACAGGAGCACGUGGCUCGCAUCGCGCGCGCUGCUGGUAUUCACAUUUACCAGCGAGCACUGCGGAUAGCGUCUGUGUGCAUUGGAACCAAAAUCACUUGGCCGGUCAUGCUAAUAUCAACCAUAAUAACUGAUGGUAUAUAUAGCUACCAGAGAGCGCUUUGCUUUCUGAUUCACCGUUUAUAUUUUCUCGCACUUGCACUUCUAAAGCGGCCUCCAGACUCACGGCGAGAAGUCUCGGCGUGGAGGACCGCCGAGAUUUGUCGCGAACCUAGUGUACCUGUUCAUACUUACGAACUUUUCUUGAGUAAUAUGCCUUCCAGACUCACGGCGAGAAGUCUCGGCGAAUCUUCUCGCCGAGACUUCUCGCGAACAACGGCUAUGUCCACAUUCACACUGAAUCUCACUUGUGUUCUCGUCUUUAUACGGUAUGGACGACAGUGCAGCGGCUUUGAUGGUAUCUGCGUUGGCGUACUAUAACGUUGGUGGAUGACGCAAAUUCAUCUAAGCAGAACAAGGUUUGAGAAUUUUAGUUUUUUUUAAAUUCUGGUUUAUUUUUUUAUUAAAAAUUAUCAUAAUACACAUUAUAUAGUAGAGUAAAUGUAUAGGUAUUUUCCAUUUCAGCUUAAGCAUGCAAAGUCAGUUGGGAGAACUUAUUGCUGAACCAAGUGGAGAAUUUAAGAAGUUCACGCGAAUGUCAACUACGGACUUUGAAUUUUUGCUCAACAAGAUUUCUCCUCUAAUUAGCAAACAAGAUACACAACUUCGAAAAGCCGUACCAACCCGAAUGCGUCUUGCUAUAACAUUGAGAUACUUGGCCACGGGAGAUAGCUUUCAAAGCCUUCAUUUUUUAUUCAAAGUGUCACCGCAAUUGAUUUCAACAAUUGUUCCCGAAGUAUGUAAAGCACUGAAUCAAGUAUUGAGAAAAGAAAUACAGAUUCCAUCAUUCGCUGAAGAAUGGUUGGAAAUCGAAAAAGGAUUCAGCUCAAAAUUUCCUAGAGCCAUUGGUGCAAUAGAUGGCAAACAUAGUGUUCUGACGUGUUCACAAAAUUCAGGCUCGGAGUACAUCAACUACAAGAAAAGUUUCAGUAUUGUGCUCAUGGCAUUAGUCGAUAGCAAAUAUAACUUUAUUUUUGCUGAUAUUGGUGGUCAGAGAAAAAUAAGUGAUGGUGGAAUUUUCCGACAUACUUUGUUGUGGGAGAUGAUUUCUAGCAACACUUUGAAUUUACCAGCGUCACAUCCACUACCAGGUUCAAAUGUUGAUAUAAAUUACGUAUUUUUGAGUGACGGUGCAUUUGCACUGCACUCUAAUAUCAUGAAACCUUAUCCUGGUAACCAUGACAGGGAUAGCCCUGAACGCAUGUUUAAUAAAAAACUAUCUGGAUCACGCGUAGUCGUAGAGAAUACAUUUGGAAUAUUGUCAUCAAAGUUUCGAAUAUUUAAAAGGCCAAUUGAGCUGUGCCCCGAGAAAGCUUCUGUUAUCACCAUGACUUGUAUAUUAUUACAUAAUUAUUUAAUAAAAAGCAAUACUUCAUCACAAAUGUAUUCCCCACAAGGCACUGUUGAUGUUUACGAUGAUAACGACACUCUUAUUCAGCCUGGGACAUGGCGUAUAGAUAAUUCAAGCACUAAUGCUAUUCAAAAUAUACCACCAAUAGCACGCCGAGCAGCUGCCAACGCAAGGCAAGUACGAGAUGAGUUCAAAAAUUAUUUUUCCAAUGUAAAUUGAGAAAAAGCUAUAAUUUUUCAAUUUACAUAUUUUUACUGUACAAUAGGUACUAAAAUGUUUAUUGAAAUAAAUGAAAAGUUCUUACCCUUGAUUGCGUAUUUAUUGUUAUCUUCAGAGUAAGUCCAUCACUCAGAAAUCCAUCCAAAGCCUCAUAUGCAAACCAUACUGGUUUGUAUAAUUCAUUUUCCC